CGCAAAAUGGCCGCGCUGCAGCUCGGGCAGUGACAUGGUUAACGUACAGCAAGUCCUUUAUUUACGACGUCCGCGACCUACGGCGUUUCGUGGUUACGUCGCAACAUCCCACAGUUUUUGAAGAAAGUCUUGUUCCAUCAUACUUACGUGCGAUGUUUGUUACAUUCAAACAACUUUCGCUUGGGAAGUAGUUGGCGAGCGGACCGGACGAGACGGCUUUGUUUACCUUAGCCGGUCCAUAUUGGAUUGUGCUACAUUUUAUGUAUCAUCAUUAUGUCUCCCAAGCGUAAAUCAGACUCUUCUGAGGGUAUUUAUUUAAAGAAAAGGAAAGCAAUUUCCAUGGAAGUGAAAUUAGACAUAAUAACACGGUCAGAAAAGGGCGAAACACCGACGAACAUCGGCCGGGUGCUUGGCUUAAGUCGCACGACCGUCUCGACGAUCAUCUGCGAUAAAAAGCGUAUACUUGAACAUGUGAAAGGAUCUCCUCCUAUGAAAUCAACAGUGAUUACAAAGCAGCGUAGUGGUCUCAUUGUCGAGAUGGAAAGAUUAUUAAUGCUGUGGCUGGAAGAUCAGCGUCAACGACGUAUCCCAGUGACACUUGUGUUGAUUCAAGAGAAGGCUAAAAGCCUGUUUGAGACCUUGAAAAGAGAAAAAGGUGAAGGGAGUAAAAGUGAAAAGUUCGGCGCUAGUAAAGGUUGGUUUAUGCGGUUUAAGGCUCGUGCUAAUUUGCAUCACCUUAAGGUGCAAGGGAAAGCUGCUAGUGGUUACGAGAAGGCACCAAGUGAUCUUCCAAGUACUUUGGCUGGGAUAUUUAAGGAUGGGGGUUACAGUGCUGAACAAGUGUUUAAUGUGGAUGAGACAGGCUUGUUCUGGAUGCCCACGCCUGGAGCCGCAGCAGACAAGAGUGAAGUUGAAUGGACUCCAGAAGAGGAUGACAAUUUAAGAAUACUGAUCAAAAAUCUGAGACAAAAGGACUGGAAAGCCAUUGCCAGUUUCUUUUUUCCAGGAAGGACAGAUGUUCAGUGCAUGCAACGCUGGAAAAACCAUCUGGAUCCUGACCUGCAGAAUAAUAUUUGGACAAAAGAGGAAGAUGAAAAGAUGGACAUUCAGUGUGUUGUUGUAUCUGAACCUGAUGAACAGUUGGAGCUGGACACGGAGAACAAAAAAGACUCUCUGAAAAUGAUUUUUCAACCUCCACAGAGUGGCCCUUUAAAGAGAGAACUUUCUCAAAGCCCCAUCAUGCCACUCAGUCCUCAUCCCAAUCCUAGCCCCGGUUUCAUUUCAGCAGCUGCACCAGCAACAGAUACAGAACAAAAGAAAUUUCAAGAUGCAGCGUUAAGAAUGAUCGCUGAAGAGAUGCUGCCACUCAGUUUUGUCGAAGGCAGAGGCUUCAGGUCCUUCAUGAACUCUAUUAGCCCUGAAUACAACAGGCUCAGCCAGCGUGCCGUGAGUCUGCAGCUCUACCGUGAUGUCGAGACAACAUUCAAGCCUCAGCUCAUCCGAGAACUUGAGACCACAACCAAAGAUGGUGAGAAAAAAAUUCAUGUCACCUUUGACCUGUGGUCAGGGGAUGACACCAAACUGGGGGAGGUGCCAGUCAUCGUGGUGCAGCUUCACUUUAUCAGUGAAACUUGGCAGAUCAGACGGCCAAUCAUAGCUUUUCGACAUCUCAGCUGCCAAAUCCUCAGCAGUGCUGUGGCCAGUGAGCUGGAGCGCGUGGUCCUCAGCUACGGUGUUUUUCCUCACAGCAUCGGUUACAUCCUCAUCAAUCUGGCCAACGAGGCCCUGGCUGCAAACAUGCUGUUUGGUGACUUUGAGAUCAUGUGUUCGUCCACUGAAGGAGAGACGGACGGAGAUUUGGUGAUGACUUUUUUGUCAGACCAGAUGCCAGAAACACUAUCACCUUUUCCACAGCUAGAGUUUGGGACUGAAACUACCUGUGUAGCCAGGGGACUGCAGCAGGUGAUCACAGAGGCUCUGAAGAACUCCAGGGUCGUGGAGAACCUGCUCUCACAGGUCCACGAUGUCGUAGCUUUCUUUCGGAGCAGCGCAUCCUGGAGUGAAGUGCUGCUGACAGAGUUUAAUGUGUCGUUGUGCCUUCCUUCCACUUACUGUCGCUGGAACAAUAUGAUGCUCUUAUUACGGAGUAUGGCACAGGAGGCAGCCUGGACUGCAGUUAUGACUGCCCUUGCUCAGGCUCGUGCAGAAGCCACUGACACAGACAGUGUCCUGCCUCUUAUCAUGGCGACGAGAGAGCAAGUUAUUGACAUCCUGACGCUCCUGCAGCCCUUCGAGGAAGCCUUACAGGUCCUUCAAGGAAGUGGUGCGACAGUCUGCUUGAUAAUACCCUCCCUUAUUGGCCUUGAUAAGACCCUGGAGAGCUGCGUCACAGAUUACACCCACUUUCGAGAGGCUCUACGUACAGGCCUGCACAGACACUUCCAGUCUCUAAUCUUCCAGAAGGACAUUGUACUAGCAGCUCUGCUUGACCCCAGGAUUAAAUUAAAGACCUUUCCUGAUAAUAGAGCUGAGGACCAGACUUUGUUUCUUACUCCUCCAACAAAGCAUGAAGCCUGUGAGAUUAUGGAAGCCACACUGGAAAGCAUUGCUGCCCCUGCGUUUAGCUCCAUGGAAGAAAACAAAUACCAGACAGAGCAUCAAAUUAAAAUGGAGCAGAAUGAAGAGAUUCCCAUUACUGACCUAAAAGAGGCUUCAAAUAACAGAAGAGAUGAGAGUGGUGUGGAUAAAGUCGAUGGAAAUGCCCUCAAACGCAAGUCCAUAUUUAAUUUUCUCCAACAACCUGCUAAAAUGAAGAAGAUGUCGGAGUUUGAGGUUUACCUUGAAGAACCACUCUUGGAGGUAAGUUCCACUCUGCUGUACUGGAAAUCAGCUACUCGUUUCCCCCUUCUCCAGAGCGUCGCCAGGAAGCUGCUGGCGGUACCGGCAACAGCAGGGGGCUUCGACAGGCUGUUUCCAAUGGCAGCGUGUAUCAUGAAAGCCAGGAGAAACCAUUUAUCACCUCAGACUACAGAAAGGCUGUUUCUGUACCAAAACUCCUUCAAGUCAUAGAGUUCAAAAAAGCAGAGAACAAACGCUUAAAUUGAAGAAUCAAUUAACAAAAGCCAGUAAACACUUGUGUGGUGCAUUUUCCCCAUAUCGUUGUUUUGGUGGACACUUGCCUUCACGCACAGUGUUGUUGUUCUUCAGAGCAGACUGAACUAAUUUGUUUCUUGUAGUUAGGUAAUUUAUUAAAUCCCUAUAUGAAAACCAUAUAUGUAUAUAAUAAUAAUAAUCUACUGUAUAUAUGUAUAUUCAUAUGUAUGUGUAUGCAUUUAUAAUGUAUGU